CGGGAGGCGUAGUUCUCCUUGCUCGGCGUCUCUCCGCUGGCAGCUCCGCGAUGCUCCGGGCGCGGCUCUUCCUGGCGGCGCUGGCCGUGCAGGCGGCGGCGGGAGGCAAGUACUCGCGGGAGGCCAACGAGGAGGCCAAGGCGGCGGCGCCCCCCGCGGAAUUCCGCCUGGUCAAGCUGAGCCAGGUGUGGGCGAAGGCGCAGCGGCUCCACCUCUCUGCUGUUAAAUUGGCAGAGCUACACAGCGAUCUAAAAAUUCAGGAGAAGGAUGAGCUGAGCUGGAAGAAACUGAAGGCCGAAGGGCUGGAUGAAGAUGGAGAGAAGGAAGCCAAGCUCAGGCGCAAUCUAAAUGUGAUUCUGGCCAAGUAUGGAAUGGAUGGGAAGAAAGACGCACAGCUGGGAGACACAAACUACGUCAAAGACAGCCUGGAGAACGAUGUGCUCGAUGAUCCCCGGCUGGAGAAGCUCUGGAACAAGGCCAAAACUUCAGGCAAGUUCACUGAGGAAGAGCUGGACAAGCUGUGGAGGGAGUUCAGGCACCACAAAGAGAAAGUCCAGGACUACAACAUCUUGCUGGAGACCGUCAGUCGGACGGAAGACGUCCACAAGAACAUGAUCUCCGGCCUGGAAGAGGAGGAGAUUCCCCGCAAGCACGACCUGCUGCACCAGAAGCACUCUGAGCUCAAGGAGAAGCUGCACAGCAUCAACCAGGGCUUUGAGCGGCUGCGCAGGGUCACCCACCAGGGCUAUGACGACUCCAGCGAAUUUGAGGAGCCCCGAGUGAUUGACUUGUGGGAUCUGGCGAAAUCCACCAAUUUCACAGAGAAAGAGCUGGAAUCACUUCGGGAAGAGCUGAAACACUUUGAAGCGAAGGUGGAGAAGCACCACCAUUACCAGAAGCAGCUGGAGAUUUCGCACCAGAAGAUGAGGCACAUCGAAGGGAUGGGAGACGAGGAGCAUCUCAGCCGCAACAAGGAGAAGACCGCCAUGCUGGAGGAGAAGACCAAGGAGCUGGGCUACAAGGUCAAGAAACAUCUUCAGGACUUGUCCACCAGAAUUUCCAGAGGCCUUCAGCACAAUGAACUUUGAAACUUCCUUGUUCUCAUAGGGUCGCUGUACAUUGAUCAAAAUCAGUAUAUCCCGAGGUUUAUAUAAUUACUUAAAAUUCUGGUGCAAAUUGUCUUUGGUACAGCCACCGCCUUCCUAGUUUCUCUCCUAAUCACUCCUAUCGGUGAAUCUUUUAAGCCUCUGGUCACGAAGGCCUCAAAGCACUGCAGAAGAGAAGACUUUGAAGUGAGAGAGGGGUGUGGAAGGAAAGGGAAGGUUUGGAGAAGUCACUUAACUGCUGGGAGGCACAUUGGCAGGUGGGGAGGUUGCUAAAGAUUUUCAUGCACUGUGUUGAUUUCUCCUCCUGAAUAAAGGAGCAAAAUGUGGACAUA